CCUACGUUUGCCGGAGAGUUUGCUUGUCCUUCCAUGCUGUUCUUUCCGUUGUUCCCCUGUUUCUUUUUGAGAUCAAGUUCCAGAUGGCUCAGCAGUGCUUCCACAAUGAAUAUUUUGACAGUCUGCUGCAUGCUUGCAAACCUUGUCACCUUCGAUGUCCUGAUACCCCUCCUGUAAUGUGUCAGCGUUACUGUAAUACAAGAAUGACCAGUUUUGCGAAAGGAACAAAUACCAUUCUCUGGACCUGCCUGGGCCUGACCUUGGUGGCUUCCUUGGCACUUUUCGUGCUCAUGUUCUUGUUAAGGAAGAUGAGCUCUGAAGUACUGAAGAACAAAUUUCAAAGCCCAGUAUCAUCAGGACUAGUUCUGCUGGACAUGGCCAACACUGAUCUGGACAAGAACAAGACCGACAAUGAAAGGAUUCUCCCGAGAAGCCUGGGGUACACAGUGGAAGAAUGCACUUGUGACGACUGUGCCAAGAGCAACCCAAAGAUUGAUUCUGACCAUUUAUUUCCUCUCCCAGCCAUGGAGGAAGGCUCAACCAUUCUUGUCACCACAAAAACGAGUGACUAUUCCAAGAGCAUGCCAGUUGCUUCUGAAAGUGUCACAGGGAUAGAGAAACCAAUUCAUUCUAGAUAAUUAAGCUUUUGACUAGCAUAUGGAUGGCUG